CCACAAUGAGGUGACAUUCUCAUCCCCUGAAAAUAUCCACAAAGACUGAACCAUGUCUCUAUACCACGAGACGGCCGAGAUCCUCUCGGCGCCAUCCACAAGUGGUGGCAGCCUCAGAUCACGCAUCUUCGCCAAGAAGGGUCUCAAGUCGCCCCCAGCACAGGUUUAUGCCCUCGCAACAGAGACGUGCAAGUGGAGCGAGGUCCUCAAGGAGGUCAUCGAGAAAACGGAUCUCCUGCGCCAUGAGCGCAAGCUCACUCCCAUCCUAGCUCUGCUGCUGGUCCAUGACUUUCUCCUGGCCAAGUCUGGCAUCGCCCUCCCGCAGACGCACGGCCUCCGCUCUGCCAUUGAUCGCCACAAGGCCCGCCUGACGUCCGAAAUGACGCGCGCCCGCCUGCGUCGCAAGGCGCCGACUCUCGAGGCUCUACGGGCCGACAUCAACCUCGCCGCCGACCCCGAGGGCCGCCACCCCCGCUGGGUCCGUAUCAACGCCGUGCGCACCGACCUCGAGACGCAACUGUCCACGACCUUCAAGGACUUCACCCGCGUCAUGUCCAUCGCCGACGUCGCCGCCUCCACCAUGGCGAGCCGCUCCCUCUACCUCGACGAGCACGUGCCCAACCUCGUCGCCGUCUCCCCCGGUAUCGAUCUCACCAAGACGCAGGCCUACCACGACGGCGAGAUCAUCCUGCAGGACAAGGCCUCGUGCUUCCCGGCCUACCUCUUCGACCCGCGCGCUGAAAACGGGGACAUCAUCGAUUCGAACGACAAGCGCGCCCUGACGCUCGAAAAGAUGGUCAAAACGGCCGGCAGCAACAAGAUGACCAGGAUAGGCAUGGGCCAAGACUUUACGGGCGUCGACCCCAAGGCCAGCCUCUACGCCAACGUCGGCGCCCUGCUGCUCGACCCCAGCUGCUCCGGCAGCGGCAUCGUCGGCCGCGACAGCAUGCCCAAGCUUCACCUGCCCGAGGGCCCCGUCGGCGCUGGCCCCCGGAAGGGGCCAGCGAAACCGUCACCCCCCGUGGCCGCGGCGGAGGGCAAGAAGCGCAAGAGGCAGGAGACGGACGAGGCGCAAGCCAAGGCGGUGCUCGUCGACGACGACGGCAACACGACCGAGGUGGCGUCGGAGCAGGACCUGCAGAAGAGGCUCGACGCGUUGUCCGGGUUUCAGCUCACGCUGCUGCUGCACGCCAUGAAGUUUCCCCCCCCCAAGCGGGUCACGUUCUCGGCCUGCUCCAUUCACGCCGAGGAGGACGGAGCACGUCGUCGUCAAGGCGCUGCAGUCGGCCGUGGCAAGGAGGCGGGCUGGCGCAUCCUGCCGCGGGAGACGCAGGUCAGCGGUAUGCGGGAGUGGCCCGUCCGAGGCGACGUCGAGGCUGCUGGCGGCGACGAGAAGGUUGCCGAGGCCUGCAUACGAGCGCAUGAGGGCGACGGCAGGGGCGUCAUGGGUUUCUUCGUCGCGGCGUUCGAGCGGGUUGGGUCGUUACUCGACAGCGACGAUGGCCCGUAUCUGAGGGACGAGCAUGGCGUCAUUAUCAGGGAUGUCACGGGGAUGCCCGUUGAGAAGGCCACAGGAGAGGUCGUCGCCUUUGAUGACCCGAAGGAGGAAGAAAGCGAUGACCACGACUACGCGGAGGAAAGCGAGAGUGGGAGUACCGACGGGCUUGAGCAGGACGGAGAGGAGAAGUGGGGUGGAUUCGACUAG